GCGGCAUCCGCCAAUCAGCGUGCGAGACGGCGGAGCGGAGCAUGGACUUACUUGAUGGACACACCCAGGUGACCAAUGAGCGGCGGGUUCACAUCAGGCGGGGGCGGAGCCUUCUGCAGACGCUGUGGAGCUGAACGGAGAGACGCAGUAAGAUGACGAUCCUGGAGGUGAGCGGUCAGCUGAUCGAGAGCACUGUGCAGAAGAUGAGUCUGACCUCUGUGCUUCUGGCCGCUUCAGUGGUCACUCUCACUCUGGCCUAUCUGAGCAGAGCUCUGUUCGGACAGCAGCAGCAGCGGCACCAGAAACUUCCUCCUCAUAUCCCAUCCAGUGUUCCCUUUCUCGGUCACGCUGUGGCUUUCGGCAAGAGUCCCAUUGAGUUUCUGGAGCAGGCCUACGAGAAGUACGGCCCCGUGGUCAGCUUCACGAUGGUCGGGAAGACCUUCACGUAUCUGCUGGGCAGCGACGCGGCCGCGCUCAUGUUCAACAGCAAGAACGACGAUCUGAACGCGGAGGACGUUUACGCGCGCCUCACCACACCCGUGUUCGGCAAGGGCGUCGCUUACGACGUGCCCAAUGCGUUAUUUCUGGAGCAGAAGAAAAUGCUGAAGACCGGACUGAACAUCGCACACUUCAAAGGACACGUUCAAAUAAUCGAAGAAGAAACCAAAGAGUAUUUCAAGCGAUGGGGAGACAGAGGAGAGAGAAAUCUGUUCGAUGCGUUAUCCGAGCUGAUCAUCCUGACGGCCAGCCGCUGUCUGCACGGCUGUGAGAUCCGUGGCAUGCUGGACGAGAGGGUCGCUCAGCUCUACGCCGAUCUGGACGGAGGAUUCACUCACGCCGCCUGGCUGCUGCCCGGAUGGCUGCCUCUGCCCAGCUUCAGACGCAGGGAUCAGGCACACUUAGAGAUUAAGAAAAUCUUCUAUAACGUCAUCAAGAAGCGAAGAGAAGCCACAGAGAAAAACGACGACAUCCUGCAGACGCUCAUAGACGCCACGUACAAAGACGGCCGUCCUCUGAAUGACGAUGAGAUAGCCGGGAUGCUGAUUGGUCUGUUGCUGGCGGGUCAGCACACGUCCUCCACCACCAGCGCGUGGAUGGGCUUCUUCCUGGCGCGGGACAGAGCGCUGCAGGAGCGCUGCUACAGCGAACAGAAAACCGUGUGCGGAGAAGAUCUUCCUCCUCUCCAGUACGACCAGCUUAAAGACUUGAGUCUGCUGGACCGCUGUCUGAAGGAGACGCUCCGACUGCGACCGCCUAUAAUGACCAUGAUGAGGAUGGCCAAGACGCCUCAGAAAGUGGGCGAUUACAUCAUCCCGCCGGGACACCAGGUGUGUGUGUCUCCCACAGUGAACCACCGUCUUCAGGACACGUGGGAUGAGCGUCUGGAGUUUAACCCUGACCGGUACCUACACGACAACCCUGCGGCCGGAGAGAAGUUCGCGUACAUCCCGUUUGGAGCAGGUCGUCAUCGUUGUAUCGGAGAAAAUUUUGCAUACGUGCAGAUUAAAACCAUCUGGUCGACUUUGCUGAGGCUGUACGACUUUGAGCUGGUAGACGGACACUUUCCUCCUGUGAACUACACGACCAUGAUUCACACACCGCACAACCCCGUCAUCAGAUACACACGGAGGAAGACACAAACACAGAAGUGAUGGGAAUAUCCUCUUUCUGCAGUUGAUUGUAAUGAGUAGGUUUGGGAGCAGAACUAUUGAGUGCCUCUUCAAACUACAAAUGUUGGGUGAAUUAUUACUUAUUGUUGCAUUAUUAAUGCAAUUAUUGUUGGCUGAAUUAAUGCAUUAUUGUUGGCUGAAUCAAUCUGACAUCUCUUACUCAGAUUCCAACAUCUUGUGUUUGUUAUUUAAAACACAACCUAUUUUACCUAAAGUGACCUGCAGUGCCCAGAUGACCUCUGGGGUCAAGAGUCAAAAAUCACAGUUUUUAAUUCCUCAAAUCUUCUGAUAGCAUCAUCCUCCCAGCAAAGCAUAAAUAAAAAAUAUUUUUAUACGAUUUAACAUAUUUGUUUGUUUUUGCAGAAAACCUGUGAUGUAUAAAAAGCUUUUAACAUUAAAAUCACGUCAUAUAAAAAUGUCAGACUGAUGUUUAUGUUGUGCUUUGGCCACCUAAAACAGGUGGUGUUCAUACACUGCUUAAGAAAAGCAGUUUGAGUUUUUAAUUUAGUUCAAUAACUUCAUUGUUUAGAAUAUGGAAAUUGUCUUCAGCUUUAUGUAAAAUAUGGCUUACUUAUUUAUAAGUGAGUACGCAUAUUUAAUGUGUUAACUUUGACACCUUAAAUUUUCAUUAUUUGACAAAUGUUUUUUUAUAGGCAACAUAAAACAUAAAAGUAUAUUGAUAGCUGAUGCAAAUCAUGUCAACAUUAAGGUUUAUUUAAAAGAUGUAUGUCUCUGGUCACCAUAUUUAUUCACAUUUUGUCUUUACUAGUUCAUUUAAAAUCAUCCCACUUUGUAAAACUACAUUUUUAAGAACAAUUUUUUUUCACGCAGCCACAAUUCAAGGAGUGCCGUGAUGAAGUUUUAAUAAUAAUUUCAAGAUAUUGUCAGUUUGAAACAAUUGCAGAAAGCAGUAAUUAAUUUUCAGUGACAUUUCAGAAAUUAAAUGAAGGAAAAAUUAA